UGUGGUGUCGCUUCUGCAGUGUUCCUACUGUACUUUCUGUUGUAAGCAGAGAGGAAAGAAUCAGCAAGAAGCAACACGAAUUUAAUUUUGCAUCCAAACAGAGAUCGAUAAAAGGACAAUGUAAGACAGACCUCUCCGGAAGGGGCAUACUGGAUUCAUUCUUCGGUUUGUUUUUCUCAACUGAGGCAUCAUCAGCACACAGAGCAGAGAAUCUAACCUGAAAUGGCUUAUCAGCAUGGUCGAAAAUCUAUCAGAGAGGCAUAUGAAGAAUGCUUUGCGCCAACGGAUGCGAGAGAGGUAAUAGUUCAUCGAGUUGUCAAUAUUAUUGACAAGAGGAACCCUAUGCCACGCCCGGGGUUGGAAUUUGACAGAGGAUAUGAAGACCAGCGGUAUGGAGGCCCUCGCAACUACCAAAGUGGAAGAGGAUAUCACAGCGAAGACGGUUAUCAACCUGAUGACAGUCAGUACUAUGAUGAAAACUUAAACUAUGGCAGCUAUCGAAGAAAUUCUCCACCACAUCGAAAUGAAGGCUCAUAUCCCCAGCAGAGUUACAGCAGAGAUGACUUGAGGCAUCAGUUAAGCUCAAGGAACAGGAGCAGAGGUCACAAUCUCCGAAAGAGAGGUCGAGGGAGUGGUCCUCCUCCAAGGGAGGAUUAUGAGGACUACAGGUCCUCUAAAUCCCUGGUCAUCACUCGGGAGCGCUCACCUGGAAGGAGGGAAGGCCAUCCGCCCACCCGAUCCGGAUCCAACUCCAAAAGGAGCUCCUCUCCCGACCGGGACAAAGGCUACACAUACCAGCAGAAGCACAAGUCCAACACAACAAAGAGCUACACUCCCAGCAGCUCUGGAGAGGGCUCUCCUCACCGCUCACUCUCUGCUAAGGAAAAACCAUCAGCAUCUGCAGCAGAGACGGAGGAGGUCGCGGCUGCCUGCACGGAGCCAAAGCUGACGCCAGAGGAGGACUUAAAGGCACGUCGGUCGGAGGCCAUUAUGGCUAAAGUUGCCGAAAUUGAGAAGAGUUACAGGCAGGACUGUGAAAUAUUCCGCUCAGUUGUUAAGAUGCUGGUGGACAAGGAGCCCAGUUUGGAUGGUCUGCUGCAAGCUCCGCUGGACAAGAACUUGUUGGAAAUUCGGCAACGCUGCCUCGACGCCAUUAAAACUUUCGUGGUGGAGCUGGACGAGAUCUUGGAGCAGCCGGACGCGACAGCCUGACAUGAUGAUGGCAGACUGCUAAAAAUGACAAUGUAAAGUCACGUGGACAUGAGCUGGAAAUCUGAGGACUAAAGAAAAACUAAUUUUUUAUUCAUGUUUUUCACAUUCUGUUUAUCGUAAUACUACAGAUGGAAGGUUUUGUAAAUGACUAAACAUAAUAUGUUGAAGUAUAUACAGUAUUGAUGUGUUAAAAAGCAACCAAAUGUAAAAC